AUGAACAACAGACCUAAGUAAUAUCAAGUUUAAGAGACAGUCGAUGAUUUGGUCUAUUCUCAAUACACUGGCCAAUCAUUGGCAUAGAUUCGUCCAAGCGAUUAGAUAAAAUCGAUGUUGUAACCUUGCUUUUAGAAUUCAAACAAAAAUUAAACAGAACAAGAUGAAUAUACUGAUUCAUUAAAUUAGUACAGCAAGGCCAAAGCGUUUAAUCAGCAGCAAGAAAAUCAAUUAUUAAAGUAAGUUUAACACCUAAAUGAAAAAUUGCUCCAACAACAAUAAGAGUUUUUCAAGAAAGAAAUGCAAUUUCAAGAUCUCCUCAUGUAAGUCUAAUCCGAGCACGAAAAGUUGAUGAAGAUGGCAAAAUAAAAAUAUGAAAUCGCUAUUGAAGGGCUAAAGAAAUAGUUAAAAUAAAAAGAUGAUAUAAUUUAUGAUCUUAAUAUUAAAUUAAGAGUCCAAAAAUAGUUAAAACAAAAAAGUGAGAAGAAUUUGUUUGGUUUGCAUUCCAAAAAAUCUUCCUUGAUAACAGCAGAUGAACUAGAUUCGGAGGCAACCUGCACUGUUAGAACUCUCAAUAUUCCCACUAGAUCUUCAACAUCUUAACCUCAGAAUGAUGAUUAGCUAUUGAGUUUGUAUAGAAAUGAAAUAGAUAAAUUGAAAUAUUAGACAUUUGAGUUUGCAUAAAAAUUUGAAAGUGAAAAAAGAACAAUUAAAGAUGAGAUUUGUUUAUUGAAAAAUUAAAAAUUACUACUAUAAACUUUGUUAUCUACCAAACAAUCUCCAUAAUCAGAUCGGAAAUUGGCAAAAUCUGAAGGGAAAACCUUUAGUAAACAACGAAAGCAUCAUAACUCAUCUACUUCAAUGCCAAAAAGUUCUAGUAGGUAAUAACUUAAUGCUUGA